AUUCAGAACCGCGUGUGUGUCGUAAUUAUCUCACGUUUUCUUAAAACCUCGGCGUCCGGCGUUUCCUGCCUAUUCGACGUCAUUUUCUGUUCGACUUCAGUAUACGGCAGCACCACAAGUUCGCAAAAUGGAGCAGGCCGACAGCAAAUAUCUACCAGAAUUGAUGGCGGAGAAAGACAACAUCGACUCAUCAUACAUCCACGCUUUGAGACUGAUGAAGGAAGAAAUUGAGAGAAUAAAGAAUCCAUUGAAAUCACAAUCUAAAGAUUCAGCCAAAACGUUGAUAGAUGUCGAUACUGGGAAUAUGCAAAAAGUUGAAAUAGACAUAAAAGUUCCUACUGAGAAACAUCCACGAAUAAAUUUUGUUGGUCGAUUGAUUGGACCAGGUGGAUCCACAAUGAAAGGAAUUCAAGAAGUCACAGGAACAAAGAUUGCUGUGCUUGGCAAGGGUUCUGUUCGUGAAAGAGAUCGUAAAAAAGCCGAGGAGUUGCAUGCACAGAACGAUCCAAAAUAUGCUCAUCUAGCCUAUCCUCUUCAUGUACACAUCAGUGCUUAUGCACCUCUACCACAGGCAUAUAUCAGCAUUGGGCGUGCAUGUGCUGAAAUUCAGAAAUUACUUGUAAUCGAUGAACAGGCUGAAGGACAACAAUAUGAAGGUGGUCAAGGCAUGAAUACUGGAAUGCGUUCAGGAAGAGGUGCUGGAGGAAUGGGAAACUCUGGUGGUUUCCGUGGUGGACGAGGCGGUACGAGAGGGGGUGGCCCAAGAGGCGGUGCUAGAGGAAGUGGCAUGAGAGGUGGCGGUGCUUCGAGAGGUGCUACAGGUUCUCGUGGAGGUAUGGGAGGUGGUCAACGUGGCUCUGCCAGAGGUGCAUCAAGAGGACGUGGUGCUGGUCGAGGGCAGAGUCAAGCAUAUGCUCAACUGAGUCAAGUAGCGGAUGCAUACACCGAUGACUAUGGAUAUGAUUCAAGCUACGGUGCUGUUUCCGCUGUGACUGCAAGUGCAUAUGACACGACUGGUUAUGAAGAAUACGAUGCCACAUAUGAUGCAAGCUAUGAUGCUGCCGCUUAUGGGGCAGAAGCUGUGGCGUAUGGUGAUGGGUAUGAAGCAGAGACUGGUUAUGAGGAUUACGGUUAUGGAACCGAAUCAUUUGAUGCUUAUGGAAAUGGUAGUUCCAUGGUUCCUUCUGUGAAACCUUCGUUCGGCGGAGGCCAAGGGUUCAGAGGAAAGAUGCGUGGUGGUAUGAGAGGUCGACAGAAGCCGUAUUAGUUGCUCCAUCUUCAUAUGAUGAACUCUUUCCUGGUUAGUUUUCAUUGUACUGAAAACGCAAGAAAAAACCAUAACCUACAAAACGAAAAACAAUCCUAAAAUAACUUCAAAUUACCUGAUGUGAGGUUUAAAAAAUGACAUAAUGAUUGAAGAAUUAAAAUCCCUAAAAGCUACACAACAAACUUUAAAAAUAGCAUAUAAACUAAUCUGAAAGAACAAGUAGUCUUUAUGGCAGUUUGCCUUCUAAUAUCCCACCGGUAUCAAGUUUUCAAUCUCAGUGUUUCAUAUUUUUUUCUCACUAUUAAAUUUUUGUAGGCUUCCGGCUUGGCACCUAACUUAUCAAAUUAAUUGUACAAACUGCAACAUUUUAAUACCAUGAAUUUGUGAAAAGGAUAUGGGUAAUAAUGUUAAGAUUGAACUGCCAUGCUUUUAUUAUUUUGUCAAUCUGUAUUGUGUAAGUUCUACUUUUUUAUCCGUUCACAAUAAAAUAAACAACAUAACAAAAAAUGCCAAA